CUGAUAACAGAAAGCAGUCGCAAGUUUGAUCGGUGCGAAUCGUUGCUAGCAAACGAAUCAACUCGUUGCCAAUUAACUCUCAACCGAGUUUCAUCAGUCAAUUUCAUUCGAAAUUUUCCGUGUCUCUUUGUCAAGUCUUUCUUGAGAAAGCAUGUCUCUGGUGCCGUUGCUAUUCUCUGACUGGUGGGAGGACCUGGAAUAUCCACAUCGGGUUUUCGAUCAAAACUUCGGCCUGGGCAUUUAUCCGGACCAACUGACAAAUCCCAACAUCCUCGAACGCUUCGCACUGCAACAACCUCGGCGUCUACGUCCAGGGCAGAUAAUGUAUUAUACUCGACCAUGGGGCGAACUGUUACGCAGCAGGGAAGAGGGUGGCAUAUCAACUGUUAAGGCGGACAAGGACAAAUUCCAGGUGAUAUUGGACGUGCAACAGUUCAAGCCGGAAGAGAUCAAUGUUAAAGUUGUGGACAAAUUUGUGAUAGUUGAGGCCAAACAUGAAGAGAAGCAGGACGAGCACGGCUGGAUCUCACGACAGUUUGUGCGCAAAUACAUGAUACCUGAACAGUGCGAUAUCGAUCAGGUGUCGUCGAGCUUGUCAUCAGACGGCAUAUUGAGCAUCAUCGCACCUAGGAAGGAUAGACCGAAGUCGCAAAACGAACGAACGAUCAAGAUCCAGCAUACCGGCAAACCGGCAAUCCAGGAGAAGGCACAGGAGAAGGCACAGGAGAAGGCUCAGGAGAAGACUCAGGAGAAGACUCAGGAGAAAAAUCAGGAGAAGAAGAAGUAAAAAUAGAGUAGAAGA